UACUUCCGAAUUCGUGACCGACUCUGUUACGGUACUCAAACGCACCGUUCGCAGAACCACCAUUUAUCUGAGCUCCGCCGCUCACAGACUUGUUCUCUCUCGGAGGCGCGCGCGCGAUUUCGUAUUCGUCUCCGUCUUUCAUACAAGCCGUAAUACGCAACCAAAUUCCUUUAAUUGCUAGUAAAUUUUGAGAAGUGUUGCUGCAAAUCCUAGUUCGAGCGUUUCAGUGAAUGUAAAAAAAAAAAAAAAUGCCCCCUAAGGCUGAGAAAGGAACGGUCAAAUCCGUUGACAUUAUCGACUGCAGCGACGUGGAAGGAGGUGCGGUGGUGGGAAUGACAACAACAAGCAAUACAACGGCGUCGCACCCCAGCCCCCAAUUGCAGCGAACCCUCGAGUCCCACAGUUUCUGGAAAGCCGGGGCCUAUGAUGUGGGUCACACCACGAAACGCCCACCUGACGACGGUCAGUUGGAGCACGCCCGGGUUCACCCAAAGUUUCUUCAUUCUAAUGCCACUUCGCAUAGAUGGGCUUUUGGAGCAAUUGCUGAGCUCUUGGAUAAUGCUGUUGACGAGAUUCACAAUGGUGCAACUUUUGUGAAGGUUGAUAAAAUAGAUGUUAUGAAGGACAACUCUCCGGCCUUACUGUUCCAUGAUGAUGGUGGUGGAAUGCCUCCUGAACGUAUUCGGAAUUGCAUGAGCUUGGGUUUUUCUUCAAAGAAAUCUAAUACGACUAUUGGACAAUAUGGUAAUGGAUUCAAGACUAGUACUAUGCGGCUAGGUGCUGAUGUUAUCGUUUUCACUCGUGCAACUACUGCAAGCCGCGCAACCCAGAGUAUUGGUUUAUUAUCCUAUACCUUUUUGCGAAGGACUGGGCAGGAUGACGUAAUUGUUCCAAUGAUAGAUUUUGAUGUUUCUGGCCAUUGGGCAGAACCAAUUAUUUAUGGCUCGCAGGAUGAUUGGUCUUCUAACUUGAAAGUCAUUCUCGAAUGGUCUCCCUUUCCAUCAAAGGAAGAGCUCAUGCUUCAGUUUGAGGAUAUUGGACCACAUGGAACAAAAGUAAUAAUAUACAAUUUGUGGCUGAAUGAUGAAGGCAUCUAUGAAUUGAGUUUUGACGAUGACGAUGAGGAUAUUAGGUUGCGAGAUGAAGCCAAUCAGGGAGGUUUGACAAAUUUACGCAGAAAAACAAUUGAGCUCCAAUCCCAUAUAUCUUACCGUAUUCGGUAUUCCUUGAGGGCAUAUGUAUCCAUCUUGUAUCUUAGAAAAUUCUCAAACUUCAGUAUUAUAUUAAGAGGGAAACCUGUGCAGCAGCUUCAUAUUGCAGAUGAGUUGAAAUACACGAAAGUGAUUGCUUAUAAGCCCCGUCUAGGUGGGGAGGAAUCAGAGGUUACAGUGGAAACAACCUUUGGAUUUGUUAAGGAGGCUCCUUCCAUUUGGGUUAGUGGAUUAAACGUGUACCAUAAAAAUCGCUUGAUUAGGCCCUUUUGGAAAAUCACCGCUGAUGGUUCUUCGAAAGGGAAUGGUGUUGUUGGAAUUAUUGAAGCAAAUUUUAUAGAACCAGCACAUGACAAGCAGGAUUUUGAGAGAUCGUCUGUGUUUGUCCGGCUAGAAGCUAGGAUGAAACAAAUAUUACUGGAUUACUGGAAAAACCAUUGUCAUUUAGUGGGAUUUCAGCCUCCCAGUGCCCGAGCACAUCAUGAGCAAAAGCAAUCCCACGUUCAACUUUCUGUUGGACUUGCAGCUAACGUAGAGCAGGAAGUUGUACAGCCUAUGGAUGGUCUUCCAACUAAUAUAGGGCAGGAUGUGAGUAAUGGGUACCCUGGAUCCCAGGAAAAAUUAACAUCUAGAGAUGGUCCAGGGUCCAUUUCGAUUGAUCAGAUAUGUGAAGAGAACAUACAACUUUUUGUGAGGUGUGAGGAACACAUGCAGAAGGAGGAGGAGUUGAAACAGACGGCCGAGUGCUUGGAGAAGGAAUUGGAGGAAGCCAAAAGGAAGUUGGCUCAAAUUUCUUCGUACCUGGAGACUAGGAGGAAGCAAAAGAUGAUGGGACUACAAAUUGAAAAAUUUUGAGUAAUCUUCUGAAGCACUCAGUAGACUAUAGAAUGCAUGACAAGUCAGUCUCUCUCCUGAAUACAUGGGUUUGUAGAUAGGAAGAUCAAAAUCUUAUAUAAUAGGCUUUUUCCAAGUGUAAAUGCCCAAGUUUCUUGUCUAGGAGUUAUGAACUAUUUGUGUAACGUGGCUUGCUCAUUUGAAGGUGGUUUCCUUGAUCCAAUUAUAAAGCUUAUUUCUAGUGUC